CCGCGCAUGCGCAGUGGAAGCUCCGGUUAUGGCAGCGGGUCGGUUCGGUGCAGAUUCGGCGGAAAAGUGACCAAAGCAGAGAAACGGCGCGGAGCUUUGGCGGUCAGAGGGGCUUUAGCGGUCGGUGGACUUAAAGAGAGAAGCGGGAGGCGCUCUGCUUCACCUCAGCACGGCCAGCCCGUCCGCGGAGCCUGUGAGGAGACAUUAGCCGAGGCGUGCGGCUAGCUGGGCGAGCGAUGGGCCGGUCGCGGAGCCGCAGCUCCUCCCGCUCCAAGCGCUCCAAGAGCGGCGGAGCGAAGCACAGCAAGAAGCGCAGCCGCUCCCGGUCCCGGGACAGGGAGAGGAAGAGGCGCUCCAAGAGCAGAGAGUCCAAACGGAACCGCCGGCGGGAGUCCCGCUCCAGGUCCCGAUCCGACACGGCGCCGCCCUCCCGCCGGGAGCGGGAGAGGGCCGCCUCGCCGCCGGAGAGGAUCGACAUCUUCGGCCGGGCUCUGAGCAAAAGAAGCGCCGGCGACGAGAAGCAGAAGAAGGAGGAGGAGGAGAAGAAGGCGGAGCUGGAGAGGCAGAGGAAGAUAAGCCACUUAAGCAUCUUUCUGAUCCACUCUUGUCUCCCUCAGCCGGCAGCAGGAAUCGAGGAGCGUCUGAUCGAGGAGGAGACGGCGCGGCGGGUGGAGGAGCUGGUGGCCAAGCGGGUGGAGGAGGAGCUGGAGAAGAGGAAGGACGAGAUCGAGAGGGAGGUGCUGCGGCGCGUGGAGGAGGCCAAGCGCAUCAUGGAGAAGCAGCUGCUGGAGGAACUGGAGCGGCAGAGGCAGGCCGAGCUGGCGGCCCAGAAAGCCCGCGAGGAGGAAGAGAAAUCGAAGCGUGAGGAACUGGAGAAGAUUCUGGUGGAGAACAACCGCAAGAUCGCAGACGCUCAGGCUAAACUGGCUGAGGAGCAGCUCCGGAUCGUGGAGGAGCAGCGCAAGAUCCACGAGGAGCGCAUGAAGCUGGAGCAGGAGCGCCAGCGGCAGCAGAAAGAGGAGCAGAAGAUCAUCCUGGGCAAGGGCAAGUCACGGCCCAAACUCUCCUUCUCCCUGAAGGCGGCGGACUGACGCACAGGUUCAGCCGCCGUCUCCUCAGACUCGCUCUCGAGGGCUCCUCUCCGCGGGCGUCAGCUGCUCAGCACAGAUCCAACACGACGCGUCUAUAGAAACGUUUUUGUUUUUCUUCUUUUUAGAAAGUGGAAGCCUUGUCCCUGUUUCAUGACCUCGGUUUUUGUAUUACUGACUGUUGCAUAGGAAGCCGUCACCUUCGUGUUCUCUCUAGAGCCGUCUGAGAGAUGUGGGGGAGAACCGCGUGGGAAAAAAACAACGAUAUGGACAAAAGUACGCUGAACUGGACGCUCCCAGAGUGGGCGUAGUAUGCGUGUCUGUGCUUAAGAGUGUCUUGCAAAAUGUUUUUCGAUCUUUUCAUAAUUUAUUCAUGGAUUAAACAGACCAGGACGAGUGCAGCGCUUGACCUUCCGCCGUCAAGCCUUGAUGUGACAAACCUCGCCCAGUUCUACACAUCGGUGAGAAGCAAUAUACGGGAAAUCAAGGAUCUGUGUUUAUAAUAGGUCUCAGAGCAGGAGUUCAGCCUUGAUCCUAGGCUUUACAGUGUCUAUGAUCAGGGCAAACUAGGCACGAUGAAGCAAUCAACCGUAAACCGACAAACAGUUUUUCAAAAAAAGGGUGAUAUUUUUCAGAUUCCAGCAGUGGCUGACUGUCGGGGGGGCGGAGUAUAUAGGACACAUAUGAGUCAAAUGACUUAAGAAAUUUGACCAAACUGAAAAACCAAAACUGGUGCAGCAGUUGCAUUCAGGCGCCUGUACAACUAUAACAAUGUAACUGACUCCAUUUAAGAUGGAAUGGAAAAUUUUUCCAAAUAAGCUGCCAAAUAAGAACUUCAGCCUUGUAGAAAUUUAGACAUGAAACUACAUUCAGCACCGUUUGCCAGACAGAUGUAUCCAUACAUUGUUUGGCUUUGUUUUGAUUUUAUUUAGCACAGUAAAAUAUAUUCAUAAAUCUGAUUAAAAAGUGAACACCUUCCAGAAUAAUAAGCCACUGUUAACGUACACAAAUACCAAAGCAUGAUUAUGUAUUGAAACUGUCUGAAAUUUUAAUUAUACUGUGAUAUAAAGUUUUGGUCACACCACCAAAAUAAUGUGUUGUGUAAAAUAAUAAUAAUUCACAUCUCAACUUCUGUGAGGCUGAAUUUGGCUUCUUAUUUGGUAGCUUUUUGGGAAUUUGAAUAAGAAGCCGACCUCAGCUUCAUUUGCCUCACGUGUGUCUCGUAUACUUGCCGCUCCGACCGUCAGACACUGCUGGACGUUACAGCCAUUACGUCGUCUUAUGUUACUGAGGGACACUGAGCUAAAGCUGCACUAGUCAUGACGUUAAUGUUUGUUUUAACAUGGACAAGUAACGAUUGGUAGAAGUUCAGAUACUCAGAAUAACAGAAGUUUCAUUCGGCUGUUUUUAUAUCUCAGUUUCUUCUUCAGCUGUUCAGUUUUUGAUCGUACAGUUUUGGGCUGUUUACUUGAUGUAUACACUGAUAUCUGGACUCUACGUUUCACAGAAAACCAAGGAACAUUUUUUAUCUCGGUGCAUUAAUACCGAAUUAAUACUAUGGGCGCUUAUAAAUAUCUGUAUAUGACGUAAUUUACAGUGGAUUUGAACAUGGUUCAGCCAAUCAGAUUCCCAAGCUGGAGCUGUCUAUUUUAUGUGUCGCAUCCUUGAAAAGACUUUUUUAAUGUUCCCUGUCAUAUUAACCCAUUUAUGCCCAUUCUGGAAUUUUUAAAUUUCCUUUACUAAAGCAUCGCUGAGCACAAAUCUGAAAACAAAAAUUGGUCAGUGUGGCUAGCAUUUUUAACUGUACAUGGCCACUGAAAAUGGCUCACACAAGGAGAUGGGAAAAAAAAUAAACCACCCACAAUUCAGGAUUAAUCAAAUUACAAUAAUUUGAAAUUUGGACAUGUGUGAGUUUUUUUCAGAAAAAUGGUCUGAAGUUUCCUUAUAAGUCUUUGGUUUUUUUUUUUUUUUACUUAAAUUCUGACUUUGGUGAAUAUUAGAUAUGUGAAACAAAGUUUUUCAGUUUUCAGAUAUUGGUUAAAUAUGCAGUGCCAAUAUGUGCCCGUACACCAAAUCUGAGCUAUUUUUGUCAAAAAAAAAAAAUUCUGUGGCCAAUUUUAGUUUUAUAAUUUUUUACGUAUUGGUGAGUUGAGCACCAUGUCUUAUAUUUCAAAGACAGAAUACAUGUUUUCCUGUGAUCUUUCACUAAAACGUAAAGACUUUUCUCCUCUGAUUUUUGGUACGAAGGAAAGCUUGGCCUCCUACUCUGAGAUACUUUAUGAACUGCAGUCCAGGGUUGCACCAGUUCUGCGUCAGCAUUUGACAAAAUCUGUGAGUAGUCUUUCGUUACCAGUGGUCAGUUCCAGACUGUCAUUUUAGUAGCUUCAGUUGCACCAACAGUCUGUGGUCAGUUUGUAACCAGUCGAUUAACGGGCUUUGCUGGAAACCUGGAAAUUACAUUGGUUCUGCAGUUCCAUGUAAAAAUGAAACCGUGCUCAAUAAACCAACCAGCAUAUACAUUUUUAAAGCUGACUUGAAUAAAACUGAACACCUACAUCCUUAUUCGUUUGCUUAUUUUGGUGUUUCCUCAUACAACUGAAUGUGCAGCCAUGUUGUCAAAUGUGUUCUGAUUAACUGACGUUUCAGGAUUGGUGGAUCAGUAGGCAGUGUUUAGGUAGCUACUGCUCGACAUUAAAACUAGUUUGUGUGCUGCGGCCUGUUUGGCUUUAGUAAUGAAGUUUAGUAAAUACCAACCUUCUUCAACUUUCUUGAACUCCUGAGCGUAUAGCUGGUGCAACCUGCCCCAAAAUGAUGUCUUUGGAAAGUCUUCUCCAAGUUUGUGCAGUGAAAAUAACAUUCGCCCAACAAAUGUUACUGGUAUUACUACCAGGAGUGGAAAACGUAGAGAAAUUAUACCAAAUUUUCUGAAUAAUUCAGUCCUUGAGAGGAGCACUCAGAGUGGUUUGGUGUGAAAUGGUUCAGAUGUCUUUACAGUGGUGGUGACAGGAACCAGGGGUCGCCAUGACUACAACACAAAUAUAGACAUUUUAUUUACUAUCCAGAACCACCAGUGAACCUACACGAGUCCACCUAUAGCCACUGAGUUGUACAGAAAGCUGUAGCUGGUCUUGAAUAAAUACCUUGGAUAUAUUCGUGUAGCCCUUCCUCCAAAACAGGCUGCUGUAUUGUAAAACGUUUUAAAUGGCGCUCUGAUAUAGCCGUGUCUGUUGGUGAGCGCAGAAACAAUGUCUUUGUAUUUGAGACUGUGUUUAGAAUAAAGUGCUGUAUAGCGGUCAGCCAGUCACGGAUACACAACUUCAGCACCCCUGAAAAAUGGACAGUGGGCUUAGGGGUUUGAGUGGAAUACUGGCUGAAUGGCAUAGUGGUACCAUCUACAGGGUGGAGUGGGUAAUGCACUUAUGUUUCUAUAUAUCUUGAGAUAAUUAUCUGGGGAUAAUUAAGUAAUAUCUAUCUAUCUAUACACGUAUAUCGCUGCUGUCAAAACAAAACCUUGUAUCUCCAUUUUUGUUCUUUAGUUUUUGAUAUAUUUUGAAAAUGCCUGUGGGCCUUUACUUUGUCUAUAAAUUUUAUGAUGAAUGGAUCAAAAGAAACAGCCCAAAAUGACUUGGAAAAAGGUCUGGUUCCAUUGACUUACAUUAAAAGUAAAGUAUGUUUUUUCCUUCCCCUGUAAAGUUAUUUUGCAGGUACGAGGUUUUGUUCCGACAGCAGCAUCAUUCCCCCCAUAUAAACUGUAUUGCAUGUAUUUCUCCACCAAGAAUUGAUUACAAAAGUUACGUUUUAGGCUGAAACCUUCUUGCGAAACGAAUUUACACAGUGUGUCAGGCAUCGGAUAAAGUAUUCGUCACAAUUUCAUGUAACAAGUUUUUUCGGAAGGAGCUAUUAAAGGCCUUAAACUCGUCUGGUUCCUAUCACCACCACUGAACAGUUCUGACUCUGUAAGUUUCUCUAGAACAGAGCAUUUCGCACAAAACCACUCUGAACGACUCUGUUUACAUCUUAACUGUUAACUUAUACAGAAAUUUUAGGUGGAAUUCCCCUUUUAGUGGAAGUAUGGGUGCUGCGGCAGAGUAUUUCUCAGUUGAAAGAGGAAGUAUGUAGCCUAAAAUGAACAUGUUCCCACAAAUAAAUCAGUGUAUUUAUGUGGAAACUCCUGGUUCUGAAUUAGCUUAGUUGUAAACAGCUUCAUUUUACUGUAACAUGAAUUUGAUUGUAUGUUUUUAUGAAGACCGUAAAUUCAGAUGUGUGGAAUGAGCUUAACGCUGAGAGGAGACGGAGAGAAAUCUCCUGGUCUUUGACGUCUGUAGUACUUUUGAAUGUCUAAAUGAAAAUGUGAACAGUGGAAAGUGUUUUUAUUGGAAAUUUAACAGUAAAAUAUCUUCCAAAAAUUUUCCAAUUAUAUUAAUGAAGUACAGUUUGAGGACUUUCCACUCUGAUUGCUAAUAUUUCUGUCUGUGGAAACUCGAAACAGUCCUGGAACAAUCAGUGAGUGCUAGCAAACACGGCUAGUUCAAAUUAGCGUUAGCCGAGCCAGCUAACGGGCAAAACUCUUCACAAUUUCAAAACAACCAACAUAUUUUAAGAACAUUCUGGUUACAUAGUUUGGUUUAGGUCACUCAGUCUGCCUAGCGUUGUACUCCUUAGCUGUGACUGAGUUACUGCUGAACAGUAACAGUAAGAUUAGCUAGCUAUGCUAAUCACCGCUCAAACCAAACUGGCCUGGUAAGUUAUAAGCUACAGUUAAUUGGCUUGUUCAGGACCUAAGUUUUGAUAGAACCUCAGAAAUGUAAUACUGAAUCCUUUGUUCAGUAGUUCUUCCAUUCCAUUUCUAAGGAAAUGUAGUUUUCACUGAUCCUCCACAAGCUAACUCUGGAUUCUGCUGCAGUCAGUCAGUCAUCCAGUCACAGUUAAAGAGCUGGUUUUUAACCGUGGUAGUUUGGCGUUUGGGGGUUGGGUACGUUUUUUUUUUAUGGACUGGUGUGGUCAAGCCGUCCACUGGGCCUUCUCAGAAUAAACCUCCCACAGGUCCAUCCAUGUGGUCAGGAGAGCCGGACGUUACAAAUGAUCUACAACUGUAAGGAAUGUGUGACGAUUCGCCAAUAAAUCCAUGAAUGUGUCCAGCGUU